UGCUGCAGAGUCACAGAGGCAGAAACGGUGAGAGCAUGUAACAUUACUAACAGAACAUUUUUUUCAGUCUGGACAUAGAAUGAAGAUCCUCCUUAUCUUCUCCUUCUGCCUGAUUAUAUCUGGUUCUGAUGCUGUAACUACAGUAACUGGAUACAGAGGAAGAUCAGUUCAGAUUAAAUGCCCCUACGGAUCUGGAUAUGAAGAAUACAAGAAGUAUCUCUGCAGAGGUAAAUGUCCCCAUGUGGGGUAUAAUGAUGUUCCUGUUCGUUCUGGAUCUCCUGCUAAAGACACCAGAUUCUCUCUGUAUGACGACACAACAGCCAAAGUCUUCACCGUCACCAUCACUGAUCUGAGAACAGAGGAUGGAAACACUUACUGGUGUGUGAUAGAGCGGACAGGGUAUGAUAUUUACACAGAGCUUCUACUGCUGGUUAAAACGGAGGAUCCUGCCAUCAGUACUGUCUCACCGUCCACACACUCCGCUUCAACACAUAUCGUGACUCCAUCACUGCAGGCUGAGAUCACACAUUCAACAGCUAAUCUAUUAAAUGAUGUUACCCACCAAACCAUCACUUCCUCAUCCCAUGGUAUACCUAAGUACAUCAUGAUCAGUACAGGUGCAGUGUUGUUGGCUGUUGGUGUGAUUAUAGCGAUCUACUGCAAAAUACAUCGUCAAGGCUCUGAAACAGAGACACGAUCUUCCACAGAGGCAAAUGGAGAUUCUGAAAAUGUCCAGAAUUUACCUCCUCUCCAAGCGAAACAACAAGCCGAUUUACCCGAAUCUGUCUAUCAGAGUCUAGACCUAACCACCAACCAAUCAGACUCGGUCUACCAGAGUCUGACCUUUAAUAAUAAGCUGUAAGAUUCAGGACACCACAGUUCACCAUCUAAUUUGGACUGGUUUUAACUGUAACAGUGAUUAUUGCUUUUUUCCUGCAAUGUUUUGGACUUUUUGCCUGGCCUGUGAAUGACUCUUUCUGCUCUUUGUUUUUAGACCAGUUCGAAAUAAACUUCUCUUCCUUUCUUCAA